AUACCCAUAAUGCAUAGUUUGCGGACAUGCCUUGACGCACAUUGUGUGCACAUGCGCUGUUCUUGUGGAAGAGCCGGUGUAUCAUGGCGACAUACGUGGAUAUUCUGAAGAGCGAGUUUCCCGAAAUUGACACCGAAGUGUUCGAAUAUAUCACGGGUGUGUUGGACUGUGGAGGGGUGGAGUUUGAGGAUGGAGAGGAGGUGUAUGAUGCGAUUGGAGGGCUGUUGCAGGGGUCGUCGGCUGACUGUAAAAACGAGGAUGACAUUCGGGACAUCUGUCAGCAGAUGUUCAACACUCUUAAACUGAGUAACGGCCAUGCCGCUUCAAAGCAAGUGCUGCUCGACGCUCCGGUGCGGUUGUCUCAGAUAUCUGCAGAGUGUGUAUCUGUCACUAACGAUGUCCAAGGGAUCUGGAUGAUGAAGAGGGGCCAGAAUACAACUGUGGACGCGAGGAAGCUAGAGAAGGCCGAAGCCAAGCUGAAGCAAAAGCAAGGGAGAAGGAAUGAACGGGAUUCGCAAAAAACGACUAAUCCGCUGGUACUGGAGGAGGCAUCAGCCAGCCAGGCCAGUAGCAAGAAAGACAGUCGUGUCGACUUGUCCGGGAAGAAUCGCAGCUACGAUAUCCGCAUCGAGAACUUUGACGUGUCGUUUGGCGAGAGGUCUUUGCUGCAGGGGGCGGAGCUGUCUCUGUCAACAGGUCGCCGCUACGGCCUGAUUGGCCGCAACGGCCUGGGGAAGACCACGCUGCUAAAGAUGCUGGCGAGCCGCAGCCUGCGUGUCCCUGCCCACAUCACAAUCCUGCACGUGGAGCAGGAGGUCGCUGGAGACGACACAGGGGCACUUCAGAGCGUGCUGGAGAGCGACACGGUCCGGGAGGGUCUCCUGACAGAGGAACGCCUGCUCAAUGCGCGCAUAGCCAACGGAACUGCUGAAGGAAUGGAAACUGUUCGACUGUCGGAGAUCUAUGCUAAACUGGAGGAAAUUGAAGCAGACAAGGCACCUGCCCGAGCUUCAAUCAUCCUAUGUGGUUUAGGUUUUUCUCCUAAAAUGCAAACGCAGACCACCAAGGAGUUUUCUGGAGGCUGGAGGAUGAGAUUAGCUCUGGCUAGAGCUCUCUUUGCCAAGCCUGAUCUUUUGUUACUUGACGAGCCCACCAACAUGUUGGAUGUCCGAGCCAUUCUUUGGCUGGAGAAUUACCUGCAGACCUGGCAGACCACCAUCCUGGUGGUGUCCCACGACCGGAACUUCCUCAACGCCGUGGUGACUGACAUCAUCCACCUGCACUCGCAGCGGCUGGAGAGUUACCGCGGCGACUACGAGAACUUUGUCAAGACCAAAGAGGACCGCCUGAAGAACCAGCAGAGGGAGUACGAGGCCCAGUUUCAGUACAGAGAGCACAUCCAGGUGUUUAUCGACCGGUUCAGAUACAACGCCAACAGAGCGGCACAGGUGCAGAGCAAACUGAAGCUCUUAGAAAAACUGCCUGAACUCAAACCUCUGGAGAAGGAAACCGAAGUCACCUUAAAGUUCCCUGAUAACUUUGAGAAGCUGUCUCCCCCGGUGCUCCAGUUGGAUGAGGUGGAGUUCUACUAUAACACUGACCAGCGCCUCUUCACACAGCUGUCUGUGUCUGCAGACCUGGAGUCUCGCAUCUGCAUCGUGGGUGAGAACGGGGCGGGUAAAUCCACCAUGCUCAAGCUACUGAUGGGAGAGUUAACGCCUGUCAACGGCAUCAGACACGCCCAUCGGAACCUGAAGAUUGGUUAUUUCAGUCAGCACCACGUGGAUCAACUGGACCUCAAUGUGUGUUCAAUUGAGCUGCUACUCAACAAAUUCCCAGGUCGUAACGAGGAGGAGUACAGGCACCAACUGGGUGGCUAUGGGAUAACCGGUGAGCUGGCAACUCGGCCAGUGGCCAGUCUGUCAGGAGGGCAGAAGAGCCGGGUGGCCUUCGCUCAGAUGACCAUGCCUUGCCCAAACUUCUAUAUCCUUGAUGAGCCGACCAAUCACCUGGACAUGGAAACGAUCGAGGCGCUAGCGAAGGCACUCAACAAAUUCAAAGGUGGGGUGGUCCUUGUCUCUCACGACGAGCGUCUGAUCCGGAUGGUGUGCAGAGAGCUGUGGGUCUGUGAGCACGGGAACGUGCGGCGAGUGGAGGGGGGCUUUGACGAGUACCGGGAUAUCUUGCAGGAACAGUUCCGCAAGGAGGGCUACCUGUGAGGGACAGGAAGGACUUUCCAAAACCUACCACCCCAGGCAACUUGCCCAUUACGCCAUCUAUGACAGACAUGCCAAGUUACCAAUUGACUUCAACCCCAAUAACCUAAAGCCCCCCCACUCUCUAUUCCCCGACUGCCAAUCAUCAUCCUCCGAGUGAGAACUGAGUUUUACUGGCUGCUUUCCCAUCAUCCUCUCUGCUCCCCCACACCACCGUUUGUGUUUUGUUUGCCAUUUAGCUCGGCCCGGCAGUUCAAAGUGACAUACUCUUGUCUAUUGUCCUGAAGCAGGCAGGUUUUAGGCUACAUGGAGUGCAAACUGUGUCCAAAUGGAAUGUCAAUUGUGCGUGCACUCUGUAUACUCAACUGGCCUCCCCACUCCCAUCCUUCCUGAUCAUAAUAGUUGGAGCUGGUUUGGUUCACUUAACAUCAAGGAGGAUAGUCCAUCUUGUGAAGGUGUGGGUGCUGUACCCUUUAACUGUUAACCCCAUGUGGGCAGCCAUCUUGGAAUAAUGCUACAUCUUUUUAGCUCUUAGUAAUAUCAGUUUAGGGCCAAAUAUGUACAUCAGAAAAUUAACAAAAUUCUUGAUUUCUUAAUCCGUGUCGAAUAUGUGUGCAUGUGUUUUAUGUGAUUGAGUGGGACAGAGAGAGAGCGAGGAUACAUUUCAAGUGCAUAUGGAUUGAUUUUUCUCCUGAACAUGUGUGUUCUUGGAAGGAGAGGGAGCAUCUCUUUUGUCAGUGGAACCCGGGGUGAAGCUGAAAUGACUCCCUGUUCCCAACAUAGUGUAGUAUUUUGGCAACUAGCCAAAAUGGUGUCAUUUCAGACACCCCUGGUCUUGUUCAUUAGGCACCAAACUAAAUAAAACAGUCUGAAACAGGGAGGGAUUACGUGGACUUGUCCUAUAAGAAAUGCUCAUUUUCUGUUGCGUGCCCGAAUGAAGACAAUCCUGGAAACAUCCAUAUCUGUGUCAGCAUGGGAAACCACCAGCACAAAAACAAUUAUUUCUACAACAGCAGCAGCUGGCUCCAGGUCUCUCUGCUGCGUCUUCCCAACAAUCUCCAACCAAGUAAAGUAUUUAAGCAUAAAGGCACCAAGGGUUUGUGGUAUAUGGCCAAUAUACCACAGCUAAGGGCUGUUCUUACGCACACAGCCCUUAGCCGUGGUAUACUGGCCAUAUAUCACACACCCUUGGUGCCUUAUUGCUGUUAUAAACUGGUUACCAACAUAAUUAGAGGAGUAAAAAUAAAUGUUUUGUCAUACCCAUGCUACACGGUCUGAAAUAACACGACUGUCAGCUAUUCAGGGCUCAAACCACCCAGUUGAUUUAUCUAAGAAAUUCAGAAUAUAUAUAUUUUUAAAUCCUCCUGUUACAUUGCUAACUUAUAAAUAGGUGUUUUAAGAGCUAUUCAAUCAUAACUCCAUACUAAUAAAACAGCUUUAAUAAUCCA